GGUGCGGGACUUGGUGGAGAGGUGCUCUUGCCCUUCACAAUUUCCGAUGGUCAAGGUGUCUGAGGGGAAAUACCGUAUUGGCGACACGCGCGUCCUGAUCUUCGUCGGAUUCUCCGUAACCACGUGAUGGUGCGCGUCGGCGGAGGAUGGGACACCCUCGAGCAUUACCUGACAAGCACGAUCCCUGCAGGUGUCGUCAAGGUCACCGCACGGCCCUGUCUUCCCGCGUGGGCUUCAAGACGUCGAGUAGCGGACAGGAGAGGCAAAUCAUGAACGUCACGUAUGAGAGGUGUGACGAAGGCUACGUGCCCUCCUCUCCGUCGCCGCGUCGCCGAUCGAGCGCCAGCGGCCGAGGAAUCAGGCGAGACUCCCUCGAGGGCCGGUCCUCCCUGCGCCAGCGGCCCAGUCGCCGGCCAACAGGGACCCCGGCGCCGCCUUCUCUCGCACUGGUUCUGGCAGAUAUAACCCAAAGAUUGGUUCUGAUUUAUUGA